AUGCUUGCCCGCUCCUCUCUCGUUGACCUCCCUAUCCGAUCUUCGAGGAACCGGUCUUCGAUUACGCAGUCUCUGCUGAAAACGGCGCCAUCGUCGUCUCCGCUUUGCUUCUUGCCUGCAGGAAGAAAAUCAAUCGCCUCGAUUACAAAUAGACGCAUUACUCAGACAGCCCGAACUCUGGCUUCUACGACGUCUAGCUCGACUUCUGUUUCUCGGGCUGCUUCUGGCACCGCGCGUAGCGUUCCCCGACUCGCUUCGAUCUCGAGACACUUUUCGUCGAGCACCGCUCCUCGCGCGGACGGAAACACCGGCACCAUGGCCCCUGUGGAAGUGAAGGAAUACGAUUACAUUGUCAUUGGAGGUGGUAGUGGCGGUAGUGGUAGUGCGCGAAGAGCUGCCGGGUGGUAUGGUGCGAAGACAUUGAUUAUUGAGCGUGGCCGUUCUGGAGGUACUUGCGUUAAUGUUGGAUGUGUUCCCAAGAAGAUGACUUGGAACUUUGCUUCCAUCAAUGAGAACAUUCACAUUUCGAAGCACUAUGGCUACACUGUCCCGAAGGACGUGAAGAUCGAUUAUGGUCACUUCAAGCGCGCACGCGAUGCAACCAUCCACCGUCUCAACGGUGCCUACGAGAGGAAUUGGAACAAGGAAGGUAUCGACCUCGUUCACGGAAAAGCUAAGUUUGUUGAACCAAAGGUCAUCGAGGUCGAGUUGCAAGAGGGCGGAAAGGUUCGGUAUACGGCGAAGCACAUCUUGAUUGCGGUUGGCGGUCGUCCUUCCGUUCCCAACAUCAAGGGCGCUGAGCACGGCAUCACCAGCGAUGAAUUCUUCGAGCUCGAAGAUAUUCCCCGCAAGUGGGCUGUUGUGGGUGCUGGUUACAUUGCCGUUGAGUUGGCAGGUGUCAUGGCAGCCGUCGGGGCCGAAACACACAUGUUCAUCCGUGGAGAGACAAUGCUGCGGAAAUUCGACCCUAUGAUCCAGAAGACGAUGACCCAGCGCUACGAAGAUGUUGGCAUUCACGUCCACAAGGGUCACAAAGGCUUCAAGGAGGUGCAGCUUAUUCGGGACGGAAAGGGAAAUGAUAAGCUGCUUAAGCUGAUUGGAGACGACGGCCAGGAGAUUGAGGUGAACGAGGUGCUGUGGGCUAUUGGUCGCCAGCCAGAGGUCGAGGAACUGAACCUCGAUGUUGCCGGCGUUAAGACCACCGGCAAAGGGUACAUCGUCGUCGAUGAGUUCCAAAACACUUCCGCGGAAGGUAUAUACGCUCUUGGUGAUGUCACCGGACAGGCAGAGCUUACACCAGUUGCUAUUGCGGCGGGCCGUCAGCUUGGUAGUCGUCUUUUUGGUCCUCCAGAGCUGAAGAACUCCAAACUUUCGUAUGACAACAUCCCGACUGUCGUGUUUGCUCACCCCGAGGUUGGAACUAUUGGCCUUACGGAGCCUCAGGCUCGCGAACACUACGGUGACGACAAGAUCAAGGUCUACCACACCCGUUUCACAGCCAUGUAUUAUGACCUGCUGCCCCCAGAGGAGAAGAAGAAGAACCCUACCGAGAUGAAGAUCAUUUGCGCCGGGCCCGAGGAGAAGGUUGUCGGCCUGCACAUCCUCGGCCUGGGAGUUGGAGAGAUGCUGCAGGGCUUUGGCGUUGCCAUCAAGAUGGGAGCAACGAAGCAGGACUUUGACAGCUGUGUGGCCAUCCACCCUACCAGUUCAGAGGAGCUGGUAAGUUUGAUACCCCCAAAAACAUAG